AUGUCUGAAGAGAAAGAAAUUGCAUAUUUAGAUGUUUAUAUUAGAUUUAAUGAUGAUCAAGAAAAAGAUUAUUGUUUCCAAGUAAAUACUGCCACCAAAUUUAAAGAUUUAUUUGCAAUUUUUAAAACAUUACCAAUUUCAUUAAGACCAAAUGUUUUUUAUAAUUCGCAACCAAUAGGUUUUAAAAAAUCAAUUAGUCCAGGUUAUGUUACAGAAGAUGGUAAUUUUCUUUUUGAUGAAGAUGCAAUGAAAAAAGUUGAAAUUAUAAAGUCAAAUGAUUUUUUAAUUAAUAAUGAAGUUUGGCCAGGUCAAUUAAUUUUACCAAUUUGGCAAUUUAAUAGUUUUAAUUUUUAUAGUUUUAUUUCAUUUUUAUUAGUUUGGUUAUAUACUGAUUUACCAGAUUUUAUAAGUCCAACUCCUGGUAUUUGUUUAACUAAUCAAAUUACAAAACUUUUAGCUAAAAUUGCGAUUUAUUUUAAUCAACAAAAAAUUGCAGUUAAUUUAUUAGAAGAUAUUGAAAAUGAAGUUGGUUUAGUUCCACAAAGUUUAUUUUUUGUUUUUCAUAUUUUAAAAUUAUUAGUUAUAUUUGUUAUAUUAUGGUCAGGAGUUUUUAAUCCAAUUAAAGUUUUAAGAUUACCAGGUUCAAUUCCAAAAGAUAUAAAUAUUGCAAAGGAAGAAUUGGUUAAAUUAGGUUGGACAGGUACUAGAAAAGCAACAAUUGAAGAAUAUAAAGAAUAUUAUAGAGAAUUUAAAAUUAAUGAACAUGGAGGUAUGAUUAAAGCUCAUCAAGCAGGAUUAUUUAAUACAGUUAAAUAUUUAGGUGCUCAAUUAGGUGAAUCUGAAGGUUAUAAUACUCCAUUAAUUAAAGAAAAUAUGAAUGCAACUAUACAAAAUUUAAUUGAAAAAGCUAAUGAACCAGAUUUUAAAUUGAAAAUUUCAUAUAAUUAUUUUCAAGAAUUGGGAUUUAUAUUUGCAGCAAAUGCUGAAAAUAAAGAAGGAUCAGAAUUGGCUGAAUUAAUUAAACAAUAUAGAAGAUAUGGUUUAUUAGUUUCAAAUAAUAGAUUAAAACAAAUUGUAAAAGCUAAAAAGUUACAAGAAUAUCCUCAAUUGAAAGAAGAUUUGGAAGAAUCGAAGACAGAACCAAAGAUUGAAGAAGUUAAAUAG